AAUUGAGCUUGGCCAGGUAUUUAUAGGCAACUGUUUGCAUGAAGGCAAUAUGAAAAAGUAGCAAGUGUGCCAAGUUGUUGGUAAUGGGAUGCUACUCCAUUUCUGAGGUGAAGACUGCAUUUGGGUUGCUACCGUACUGUUUUCCAUGGCUGCUAAUGUCUGUUGCUCCAUUGAGAUGGAGCCUAGAACAUUGAAGCAAGGACAACUCAACCAUGCUAGGGAAAUGGCUGCAGAUGUAGCUCAAAAGAUGAAAGAAGAUGCUUCCGCCGUAUUCAUUGAGGGAUUGGGAUUGGUAUCAGCUGUUGAAAUAAAGGAGGUGAAUGACCUGACAAACGAAUUAGAAAAGGAAGUUGGAGUUGAAAAGCAUGUUGAAUACUGCAACCAAAAGGCCCAAAAUAUUGUAGAAAGACCUUGCCAAUGUUCUUGCGACAUCAACAACAUAGAAUCCCCAGAUCCCAACAACAUUAUUCUGAACAAUGUUAAGGAGCCUGUUACUGCCCCUUUUUGAUCAGCAUGGAUUUGCUUAUUAGUAGUAUUGGUUUUCUUUUGUAAAUCACUACUAUUUGUUGUGUUAAUAAUGGAGUU